AAAAAGACACGACUCAUUUUUUUUUAAAACAAUUUUAAAUUUAAACACUUGCACUUAACUAGUAAGGGAUUGUCAGAUUGUAGUGUACUUUAUUAGCAGUUUAUCAUGUUGUUGUGAAACCGGUCAUAUGUAGCGAUACUUGUUUAUCUCUUCUCGACGCAGCAGGGUAGCCUAGUGGGGAGCGGCGUUGCAGUCUGAAUGUGUUUGUGCUGUAUCAUCUUACAGUUGUUCCCCCCAAAUCCGCAUCGUUUUAAAGUUGUUUUAGUUUGAUUUUAAAAACUGCUGCCCUAGAGAUGGCAUCGGCAACGACGACUGAUCCGGGUUUUAAUCCCGGAGCCAUAGGGUUACCAGAGUCUGUAGUCCCCGCUAGCAUGUUUGCUCCAGCCCGGGGAUGCGGCGAUAAUGACGGGGCAGAGUGCUUCGAGGACGGGGAGAUGUUCAACGGCGAGACCGUGGAUCUCGGCAUAGACUUCUCCAGCAAGCUAGCCCUGGUCAGUCCCAAUGGGGAACAGUAUGACUUAUUACUACGGCAACUGCGUGAGAGGAUGGACGAGGGCUGCGGGGAGACCAUCUAUGUCUUGGGGGUGGGUUCAGAUGGAGGAGACUAUGGUUUGAAUGAGAGUGAUAUGCAGGCGUCUGUGGCCACAGUAAGGUCCAUGUGUGAGCAGAUCGAGGCAGACCUCAUCCUGUUGAGAGAGCGUACUGAAGCUGGCGGCCAGGUCAGAGAUUACCUUAUUCGCCGUCGGGUGGGAGAAGCUGACUUCCUGGAGGUUAGGGUGGCUGUAGUGGGGAAUGUGGACGCCGGUAAGAGCACUCUGCUGGGUGUGCUGACUCAUGGAGAGUUGGAUAAUGGACGUGGCUUUGCACGACAGAAGCUCUUCAGGCACAAGCAUGAAAUGGAGAGUGGCCGCACCAGCAGCGUGGGCAACGACAUCCUGGGAUUUGAUCAAGAAGGCCAGGUAGUCAACAAACCUGACAGUCACGGAGGCAGCCUGGAUUGGACCAAGAUCUGUGAGAAGUCUUCUAAAGUCAUUACCUUUAUUGACCUUGCUGGCCAUGAGAAGUACCUCAAGACAACUGUGUUUGGAAUGACCGGCCAUCUGCCUGAUUUCUGCAUGCUGAUGAUUGGAAGUAAUGCAGGAAUUGUUGGCAUGACCAAAGAGCACCUGGGUUUGGCAUUAGCUCUCAAUGUUCCCGUCUUUGUGGUGGUUACUAAGAUUGACAUGUGUCCAGCUAAUAUUCUUCAAGAGACCUUGAAGCUCCUGCAGAAGAUAUUAAAGUCUCCAGGCUGCAGAAAGAUCCCUGUCCUAGUCCAGAACAAAGAUGAUGUCAUCGUCACGGCAUCCAAUUUCAGUUCUGAGAGAAUAUGUCCCAUCUUCCAGAUCUCUAACGUCACAGGGGAGAACAUGGACCUGCUGAAGAUGUUCCUGAACCUGCUCUCCUCCAGAAGCUCAUUUAAAGACCACGAGCCUGCUGAGUUCCAGAUAGAUGACACCUAUUCAGUACCUGGUGUAGGAACAGUAGUGUCUGGGACCACGUUACGAGGGCUGAUUCGACUCAGUGACACUUUGCUUCUUGGACCAGACCCUUUGGGUGCUUUCCUACCCAUCACUGUCAAAUCCAUUCAUCGCAAGAGGAUGCCUGUGAAAGAGGUCCGGGGUGGACAGACGGCCUCUUUUGCUCUGAAAAAGAUCAAGCGCUCCUCAAUAAGGAAGGGCAUGGUUAUGGUGUCACCACGAUUAAACCCGCAGGCAUACUGGGAGUUUGAGGCUGAGAUACUAGUUUUACAUCACCCGACCACCAUCUCGCCUAGAUAUCAAGCAAUGGUGCACUGCGGUAGCAUCAGGCAAACGGCCACUAUCCUCUCUAUGACCAGUGACUGCUUACGCACAGGAGACAAAGCUACCGUACACUUCCGCUUCAUUAAAACCCCAGAGUACCUGCACAUAGACCAGAGGCUCGUGUUCAGAGAGGGAAGAACUAAAGCUGUGGGCACCAUCACGAAGUUGCUCUUGUCAACAAAUAAUCAGCCGUCAAACUCUAAACCUCCCCAAAUCAAGAUGCAGUCAACAAAGAAAGCCCCGGCUAGAAGAGAGGAUGGAGUGGCCCCGUCCAGUGAGGAGAGUGCUAGCACAGGAUCGCCAGCCGCUCAGCAAAGUGUACCACAGCAGACAGAAAUGGAGGAAGACCCUCAAAACAAAGAGAACAAGCCAAAGUCUGGAGGCAGAAGACGAGGAGGUCAGCGGCACAAAGGCAAACCUCAGAGUAACUCCACAGUGACCCUCGCUGGUGCGGUCGGGGGCUGCUAAACUCCUCCUUUCAAGAGUCCAGUUCACCAUCCAUGUUUUACUCGCGCCUUUUACCUGCCCACAUGGACCAGACCACUUUGAUGACGAGGCUUAAGAGUUCACAGAACCAACAUGCACAUUGUUUUGUGAAUUCUAAUUUAUUAUAAGACAUGUGUGUGUUUGUAGACUGUACAUACCGUAGAUACUGAGACUAUAGGACACAUACUGCAUGGUGGUUCUGUUUUGGCUGUAAAUGUCAACUUCAGGAUAAACUUGACUGAACAUGA